AUGACCCUGUCAACAUGCGCGCAAGAUGGAUUCCCGAAUUCUAGAAUUGUUCUUCUGAAGGGAUUUGACAAACGUGGUUUUGUCUUUUAUACGAAUUAUGAAAGCGAUAAGGGAAAAGAACUGGCAGCAAAUCCGAACGCCUGUUUGCUCUUCUAUUGGCAUCCCUUGCAACGAACUGUGAGAAUUCGAGGAAAAGUUGAAAAGACCUCAGAACAGGAAUCAGAUGACUAUUUUGGUAGCCGUCCACUCAAAAGCAGACUUGCAGCAAUUGCUUCAAAUCAAUCCUCUGUAAUUCCUGAUAAAGAGUGCUUGCAAAUGAGGUUCACAAAGUUGCUAGAAGAAUGUGAUGAGGAUGCGUCGGUUCCACGACCCUUACAUUGGGGAGGCUAUCGACUCACACCAACAUCAAUAGAAUUUUGGCAAGGUAAAAGUCUCUCUUAA